UCUCUCUCUCUCUCUCUCUCUCUCUCUCUCUCUCUCUCUCUCCAUUAUAAAGAGAUACCCAGUUUGUGAGUUGACGAGAGCGUUGCAGCAAAUGUCUAGGAAGGGGGACAACUUCUCAUCAAGAGUGGACGAGGCUUUGGUUUGAGCUUUUCUUUAUCAUAUCCAAAGCAAUGGACGAAUGCAAUCCUCCAUUUGAAAAGGCCUACAAGGACCUCUUAUGUGAUCCUCAUGCUCCCCUUCUCGACACAGUUUCAGCCCAGGACUACGACCUCCCACUCAUAGAUGCCUCUCCUCUCCUUCACAAAACAGGCCAAGAAAGAGAGAGCUGUGUUAAAGAGAUUGGGAGAGCUUCUUCAGAGUGGGGUUUUUUCCAGGUGGUUAACCAUGGAAUCUCCGGACAACUUUUGAACACAAUUAGGAGAGAGCAAGAGAAGCUCUUCAGGUUGCCAUUUGACAAGAAAGAGAAGCUUCAUAUCUUUAAAGAUAGCUAUCGUUGGGGCACCCCCAACCCCAAAACUCUGGAAAAGUUCUCAUGGUCAGAGGCCUUCCAUAUUCCAUUAUCCGGGAUCUCAGAAAGCGAGGAGAUCAAAAGCCUAAGGUAUGCCAUUGAAGAGUUUACUACAAAGGUUGCAGAUCUAUCUCAGAAACUUGCAGAAGCAUUGGUAGAGAACAUGGGUAUCACAACGAGAUUGUUUGCAGAGAAUUGCACCAUGAAUUCUUGCUACCUACGGUUGAAUAGAUAUCCUCCAUGUCCGAUGCCCUUGGAGAUUUUCGGGCUAGUGGCCCAUACUGAUAGUGAUUUCCUUACCGUUCUAUGUCAAGACCACAUCGGAGGAUUGCAAUUGAUGAAGGAUGGAAUGUGGGUCACUGUUAAGCCUAAUCCUGAUGCUCUUAUUGUCAAUGUUGGAGAUUUAUUCCAGGUAUUGAGCAACAACAUGUACAAGAGCGUUGAGCAUAGAGUGAUUGCCAAUAAACAAGAGAGGUUUUCAGUGGCUUAUUUCUUAUGUCCCUCACAUGACACACUGAUAACAAGUUACAAAGAGCCUUCGUUAUAUAAAAAGUUCACUUUUUGUGAAUUUCAACAACAAGUGCAAGAAGACGUGAAAACAAUCGGUUACAAGACUGGGCUCGUUAGUUUUCGUAAAUCAUCAUCGUCAUUCGAGCUUUAUCCCAAUUAUUUGGGGUCUACUACUUCUGAGGUUUCAUAAAUGAAAAUGAAAAAUAAUAUCACCUAAAAGAAAAAUAUACUAUUAAAUAAAUUCAAAAGUAUAGUUUAUAAAACCAAUAAAGAAAGUGAUGGUGAAAAAUAUUUGUUUUAUGUUUACUUUUCUUUUCCUUGUUUAUGUACCUUGUAAGAAUUUUUUAAGGUUAUAUUUUGAUGGGUUGGAGGAUAUAUGGGCUCCUCUGCCUAAUACAUAUAUUGUGCAAGGUUUCUAUGUGAAAAAAACUCAUUACAAACUUCAUAGGUUUGUAAAAUUUUAAUAAUACUGUUUAUUGUAAUUGUUGUGUUAACAUUGGUCAUAAAUAUAUUCAGCUUAAUAUACUGUUUAUUGUAAGUGUUGUGUUAACAUUCGUCAUAAAUAUAUUCAGCUUAAUAUACUGUUUAUU